AUGUGCGGGUAUGGAACACCUCCAGCUCGUAAAGAAGAUGUUGAGUCUUUGGCUACUGUUAAAAUUCAAGAGGCUAGUCUCCAGUGUUCUGUGUGUUUGGAGGAUUUUGAGGUUGGGAUCGAAGCGAAACAGAUGCCUUGUAAACACAACUUCCAUGGUGAUUGUUUGCUCCCGUGGCUUGAGCUUCAUAGUUCAUGUCCUGUUUGUAGGUAUCAGUUGCCUACAGAUGAGACUAAGACUGAUGAUUCAGCAACAACAACAGAAACAGAAGCAAAUGACAACAAUGGAGUUGGUGGUGGUGACUCUCAUUCUACAAGCAGCAGCCAGGAGACUGAGAACAGUAAUGGAAACCGCCAGGAGGAGGACAAUGAUGGUGGUAGGAUCGAAUUCUCAAUCCCAUGGCCGUUUAGCAACUUGUUCUCGUCCUCAUCUCAAGACAGCAAUCGAUCCAGUUGA